AUGGUCAAUGGCCACUUGUCCAUUCCGCAGGAGAUGCGACAGAAAUGGCUCAAUGAUCCCAUCAGGAACCCGGAUUGGAGAGUGCGGCUGCACAACUUUGACUCAGUCUUUCAGCCUGUCUCUGAUGCAAACGCAGCCCCGAGACCAGCACCCACCACAAGUGCUGAGAACAUGGACCUUGCUGAGACCAAUGCUGCAGCAAAGGUGGUGACACCGAGUGAGACAAUCCGUGAAGCUCCAGCAGGCAUCACUGUGGAUCAGUUCAAGGCAAAGUACCCCACCCUCACCGCGACGGUGGUGCUGAGCCUUCAGGAGCAGGUCACGUGCUACCUUGUGGAGAACAAGUGCUGGAUCACCUGUGGUAGCAAAUUCACCAUUCCAGGCAUCACCUCUCCGAAUGCAAAGCCGGCUUUCUUGUAUGCUGGGGGCUCAUGGAUCAGCGACGGUGCAAAGGACUAG